AUGAACACAUUUCACCCGUACCACCGCUUUAUGAGCGACGCCGCCAUCAACCAAGCCAAGAUUGAGCGCGGUCGCAGCAAGGUCAGCGAGAAGCGCGCAUCCAAGCGCGACGGCGCUAGUAGCGACCAAGGCGACUGCGACGACGAUCUCGGUCGUGUCGUGAACAAUCACUCGGCCUCCAGCCUCUCGAACCGCGACUCGACCGACAGUUUCAUAACGACCAUGAACACGUUCCAUCCACACCACCGCUUCAUGAGUGACGCGACGAUGGCGCAGGCCCGUAUUGCGCGCUCACUCAGCAAGAACGAAGACUCGAAGGACGGAAAGAAAGCCGCAGGCGACGACGGGCCGCGCGACGCCAACUUCUCGGGCUCGAAUAUUUCCAACCGCGUCUCUGGCGAUAGCGUCGCGUGCACCGCGUCCAAGUGA